UAUAGUAAGCGGUGCUCGGCAACGCACCAGUCAGUAGCACACGAGCGCUCGUCCGAUGAGCAUCUCUCUCAGACACGAGAUCUCCAGCUCUACUUUAGUUAAUCACACACGCGACUUGACAACGAAGUGACUGUCGGUCUGACUUGUGCACUUUGACUAGUGUAACUCGAAAGCAAUGUUACAGUAGAGCAGCUGCACCAGAGACCACAAAACUGUGAAACUGUCGAUCCGUCGUGCGCAUCGGUUAUUAAUCACUGCGCUCUCCUAUUGCACGCAAAGCAAUUAUCGUUUACCGUUUUUUUUUGUCGUGCAUAGCCGAGAAAAACUUGGUGUACUCGAGAAGAGACAGCCGGACCUUCUCGUCAAACGGCGAGAAGGAGGUGUACCACACCAUUAAAGUAUCGCCGUAGGAGCAGGAUUUAUCGCGAGUGUGGUGAUAAUUAAGAAGUCAAAAGUGAAGUGAGCGCGGAAGUUGGAGCGCGCGCGCCACUUUCGACGAGCUCUCCCAUCAUCAGCUCGCAAAAAUGGUGCCACAGCAGCAAGACAGCCCCUCGAGCUCGGGUCUGCCGAUGUUCGGCUCCCUGCUCGUCGACAAAAACUCCUCGACGCCAUACUCCGAUGCCACACAGACCAAAAAGAACAACCCUAACCAUAUAAAGCGACCGAUGAACGCCUUCAUGGUUUGGUCGCAGAUCGAGCGCAGGAAAAUCUGCGAAGUGUCGCCGGACAUGCACAAUGCAGAGAUAAGUAAGAGGUUGGGUAGACGCUGGAAGACUCUAGAUGACGCUGAGCGCAGACCGUUCAUCGAGGAAGCCGAGAGGCUGAGACAACUGCACAUGAUGGAAUACCCCGACUACAAAUAUCGGCCCAGAAAGAAGACCAGCAAACCUCUGCCUACCACCAAAUCCAAGGAGCUCAAAAAGAGUAAGAAAUCCUCGUCCUCAAGCAGUAGCAGCAACAGUAGCACUUGCUCCAACACUUCGUCGGCUUCGUCUUCCGCGAGCGCAAGCCCGAGCUCGCCCAAGAUGCGCAACGACACCAACAAUAAUCAACAGACCCCACUGAAGAGGCUCCAAACGAUGCCUACGACCAACCCCAUCUCCAGGCCCAAGAUCAGGCUCGCUCUCGACAAGAGGCCCCUCACCUCGACGACAACUUCAGCGACGACACAGAGCAGCGACUAUACUCCCACGCCGCCGAUCGCCACUGCUAAGGUACCCAACAGCCCCUCUUGCGACACGCCCGACUCGCCCGAGUCUGCCAGCUACUUCGACGACCACUUCACCGACUGCCACACGCAGAUCGCUGGUCUUCAUCACCAACAACAGCAGCAGCCGCACCAUCACCACCACCACCACCAUCACCAGCAGCAGCAACAGCAACAGCAGCAGCAGCAGCAGCAGCAGCAGCAGCAACCACCACAACAACAACCACAUCAUCAGCAACAACAGCAGCAGCACAAAUUCAUCAAGCAAGAGACGAUGGACUUUGCGUCGCCAGACUUCACCAGCGAUAUGUUUCUCUCGUCUGUCAGGUCGUCCUACAACAUCGAUCUGAAUCUUGCGAGAAGCGCCGCUUUCGAGCAGCAACAGCAACAGCAAGUUGCCUAUCAAGCCUCGCAAGUGUUCAUCAAGGAAGAGCCAGUGGAGAUGGCCAGCCAAGGUGGUCAGCAGAUGGUGGUGAAAAGUGAAGAACCAGCAAACACGAGCCUCGCCGAUCUCGACUCGUUGACGGAUCUGCUGCAGAUUCAACCGUCGGACUUCAAGCAGUUGGACCUCGACAUGGAAACGAUCACGAACGAGCUCGAAAGCUUCACCGGUGGACCUGAAUUCGCCUGUACGCCCGACGUCAGCGACAUGUUCGACAUCGGCGUGAGCGACGCCGUGCCGUGGGCGGGAUUCUGAGACGAGGAGAGCGACGGGCUCGAGGGCCGCGUCAACGGUGACUCCGUGCUCUUCGACCAACCCGUAAUCUCCGUCUCAUCUUCUGAUGACGCUGACAUUACUCAGCAGCAGCAGCUCAAGCUCAAGCUUCGAAGAAGCAAGAAGGCCAAGAAGUUGCAAAAGAGAAUGAAAAAGAAGAGGCCGAGCAAGUCCAGUCGGCAACUCGUCGCCGCACUGCUGCUCUAACUGAGAGGGCGCCAAUUUUAAUACGUUGUGUUCAUUACCCAAACUCAAAGUGAUCUCUGUGUUUAUCUAUUUUUUCUUUCUAUUUUUUCCGUUCUUUCUCCUUUUUAAUGGUAUUCUCUCGGGUAUAAUGUAUCUGUGAACAAUUGAAACAGAGACGAGAAACAAAAAAUGAAAAGAUAAACUCACGCGAGGGAACGCGAGCGGAGUUCCUCAUUCUUGGACACUCAUCUCGCAGAGCGAACCGUACUAAAAGUCGUUUGUCAUACGCGUGGACGCACGCGAAUGCAAAUCGUUGUCCCCUUUCUGCGAGGAAUGAGAGAGAACCCGACGCCGGCAUUUUAAAGGGCCGCUCGCGCGUGUACGCUUGGCUUCCGGAGCGGAAGUAGCAGCAGCAGCAGCAGCAGCCUCCGUACGGCCACCAGCUGCUCCUUGCGAGCGUCGUCAGCUGAUCUCAACCGGUCCAUACCUAUAACACGCCGGUCAGCGCCAUCACACCACACAACACACCUUUGCAUUGUGUAUCGAAGUCGAAGCGAGCUGAGCUUCCCGGAAGCGACUUAACUUCGUGUGCUAUAUACUCUCUCUCACCCUUCUCUUCUUUGCGGCUGCCCGUUCACGCUACGGAUAUAAAGGAGCGCUUCCGCGAACCUCGGCCCUCUCGACCUAAAGGCAGAACAGCGAGGUUUGUCACGCGCCUGCCUCCUCUAUAUACCUAUAAGCGACUUGUUCUCUUCAGCGGCUUAUUUAAAGUCUUGUAGUUUCGUUCUUGAAUGUUUUUUUCAUUCACGGGGGGGGCGAGUUGAGAAAGUGAGAGAGCUCCCUAAGGCGGUGCAUAUAAGAUUGAAUUGAACUCUGAAAAACUUACACUUGUCGCAAGCGGCUGUAGUAUACACACUUAUCGACGCGAGCAUUCGAGGCGCGAAAAGCCGAACGCGUUUUUUGUACAUGUACUGUAGCAUACUAGAAGCCUAAGGACAUUUUUGUACGACGCGCGAGUUCGUGGCCGACCUGCGAUCGCGAUCGGACCUACAGUCUUGAGGCAGCUUCUUCCUUAAUAAAGCAAAAAAAAAAAAGAUUUCUUCACGCUGCUUGCCCGAUUGCCAACGCAGCUCGGCUGAUCAUCGCGAAAACUCCCCCUACCCUGAUGUGUAUAUCGAUAAUAGAUGCUUAUUUAGUAAUAUAUCGAUUCCUUGUAGGAUAUAAAAGAUUAUAAUGGUACGCAUCCAACUAUAGCCAGUGUUGGUUUUUUUUUCAAUCAAUAUCCUAUUUGGCGUGAGAGAUAAUUUUUAAAAAAAGUACAUUGCGAAGUUUAUUUUUUCGAAAUAACCGCUUGGCACAUCAACGCCGCUCGUGAUUCUCGAUCAUUAACCGACAAUUUUCUUAAUUUCCGUCGAAUUCUAAAAAAAAAGAAAGAAAAAAAAUAAAUUAUUUAUUUAUUGUUUGUACAAUCGCGCACUGAAAAUCGAUCGAAAGACCAAAAAAUAUAUAAAAUAAAAAAAGAAGGAUGAGACGCAAGAUCGUUGAUUUGACGAUCAGUUUGGAUCGAGAAUGGCGAACGAAGACAAUUGUUAGUUGAUGUCAUGUGGUUGUUUCACGUUUUUAAAAGGACACACAAAGAUUAAUUUUAUUGAACGAACGUGGCGACGCGAUUUACGCACACUGAAUAACACUUACACUGACUCAUUUCUUUUGCAAAUCUUGUACGAAACUGAUUGUACACAACGAUAUACACGCGUCAAACAAAAAAGAAAACGCACACCAUUUGUUGACAGAGCGUCCAAUACUAGAGAGAACAAGAGCGAGGAACAAUUGAUAAUUUUUUUCUAAAACAGAGUAAAGAUUAAUUAACUACUAUACUAUUAAUGAUAAUUGUAUUAUUACGAAGAGAACACAUUGCGGCAGAACGAUGUCUUAAUGUAUGCCCAUAACAAAACUACGUCUUAAGAUCAUAACGUUAUAAAGGAAAAAAAACUCUUAUUGUUUUUGUUUUUGUCUUCAUGCAUAUAAAUAUAUAUAAUAUAUAUAUAUAUAUUGAGCGGCGCCAAGUUAGCGUCUUGUAUACAUAGUUAGAAGUUAAGAGAUUAAUUGAAAGAGCAACAUUUUAAACGAUUGUACACUCUAAAGUUUGCAUAUAUUAUAUAAAUAUAUUUACACUCAGACACUCACACAAGCGACACACAAUACAAACACACUUGAUGAAAAAAGCGAAAGAGAAAAGAGAGAGCGUGUCCAGAUUUUUCGAUUAGGGCCGAGAAUAGACGCGGGCCAGUAUGGUUGGCCCAGUUCCGCCUGUACGAACUAUCAAAUAUCAAACCUUGAUCUCAUGUUUCUUUUAUUACGUUUACCUUUAACUAUUAACGUUUACCGACUUAUUAUCGAUGUAAUUAACGUAACUUGUUUUUUCUUUUUCUAUACUGUCAAGCGAUCCUAUACUAUCAUUUUUCUUUUAUGCAUCCUACAUCGGUACUUUUUCGUUUGCUCUUUGACUGUUCAUUUCUCGAGCCGAGGGAAAUAAGAAAGUUGAAAUAUCAAGAAAGAGUAGAAUAAACGCGCUUGUGUAGUCUUUUGCUGGGUCUAGUGUUCGAGUAAACGCGGCGAGCAAGCAAGAGAAAGAGUCAUACGUUGAGAAAAGUCGUGAGAAUGAUUUAGUUUUGCCCUUUCUUGCGUUAUGUUGUCUAUUAGUCAGCCGUUCUUACGGGAUAACACAUAAAAAUUGAGAAAAAGGAAAGAAGAGACAAUUAAAAAUCGUGUAGGAAAAAGAGAUGAAGGUUAGAGAACGAUAGGGGACGGACAACUAAGCUACAAAUUAAACAAAACAAAAAAAAAUAGUGCCUACCACCUCCAAUCUUUGAAGGAAAGAAAACUGUUGUACAAAAUUUAAUACAGGGCCCAUAAAUAAAAAGAGAGAAAAAAAAACUAAAAAUAUGUUAGACUUGUAUUUAAAUGCAAAAUGCUACAAAUCAAUUAAAUGAUUACACUGAACAAUCAUCUUUAUUGAUAAGAAAUUAAUUGUUCUCGGUAAAGCUUUUAAUAGAAAAAAGACGAUAAUAAAGAUUUAUUAAAGAGACGUGGGGGAUGGGGGGUACGAACGAAAAGUUUCGAUCACUACAUUUUAAAAACACUCAAUAAAACAGGCACGUUUUCUCUAAAAAAGUAGGAAAUCAUAAUCAGACAGAUGUAUAGACAAUUACUACAACAUAAAACAGGCUGUGAAGUAUCUCUGGAUAAGGGAGAAAAAUCAAAUCGGGUGGAGCGUCGGACGGGGUGAAAGAAUAUAGUGGAGUCAAUCGGAUCGAGCGUGGAAAAGAGAGAGAGAGAGAGAGAGAGAAAAAAAAAGAAAAUAAUGCGUUGCCCGAUAGUAAGCGAUAAAAGAAACUGCCAUUUUUUCAGCCAGAGCAGAAUAAUAGUCGAUGUGUUCAUCAUUUACGUUCGCAGCCACGUGUACACGCACCUUUGCAAUAGGACAUAUCAAGACCGUAUCCGAUCACAACCGACGUGCUUUUCUUUCGAAGUGAAAUGAAAUGAAAGAAAAAAGUUGAGAAAAAGAGAGUAAGAUUCACCGAAAAAUCUUGAAAUGCCAAAUACGUAAAGAGGGUGAAACACGUUGGGAAUGGCCAGUAGCUUAUCGUUUGAGCGUCGUUCGUUGCGUCAACUUGUGUGCGGAAAAUAUAGAAGGUGCGCGCGUUCUAAGGGGUCGGCAAGAAAGAAUAGAAAGGUUGUUUUUUCUCAUGCUGAGAAAGCUUUUGAACUUAUCGCUCUUGAUAGGAAUUUAUUGGCGUUGAGGGGAUGGGCCGUGGAAAUUGAGCAAGUUUUUCUGGACAAAUAAGUGGAAGGAAAGAGACAACUUAUUCUCGUGCGCUUGCGAUCGUCCGGUUUUUGCGCCAUUUUUUAUCGCUCGACAAAUUGAAAUCUGUCCGAUCCUCUCUCCGUUCAAUUUUUCGGCACGAGAUUAGCAUUCAAGAUCUAUUUUUCUUUUUCAGAGAGUCGUUAAUGGAUGUGGAAUAUAAAUUUUUCAAGUUAAGAACGUAGAUGUUAUAGUUAUUGACGCGCGCACGAGUCACUUUUUAUCGGCGCGGAUAUUUGAUAAAUUGUGGAAAAUUACACUUAAUGAUAAUAAACUUUUGUUCGUGGCUUUUAUCGUACUUGUGAAAGUGGUUAUAUUUGCGCAAUUUGUGAUGUUUUCUUUUACUAAUAUUGAAAAAACAGUAAAAAUUUAUGCAUUAUUAUUCUAUAUAGUAUUCGUGUGGAAAACGUAAAGAUGUAAGAGAUAAUGUUCUUUUCAAAAAAGAGAUCACACCUAAAGGUUACGAUAAGUUCCGACGAGGCGAGCUAACAAUGCUUUUUCCUCGCGAAAGAAAUGUUUUGAGAGCUCGGUGAUGAAUUUUUUAAACGAGUGAGAAAAUCAAUAAUUCAAUGUUAAAAAAAUGUAUUAAAAAACUAUUAACGAAUUUUCAAUGAUAUAACGCGGCUGGCUGCAGAGGAGAGGCUGCGGAAACAUCUGAUGGAACUUCGUCCACUUGUUACCCGAGAUGAACAAAAAAAUCUUUUUUUAAGAGAAAAAAAAAACAAACAAAAAAAUGUGGAUAAAUUUUAUCGUGAAAAGUAUUUAUUAUUCUAGAUUUAAUAAAUUAUAACGUUUGUAUUUAAAAGAGAGAAUAACGUGAAGAAAAGAUGAAAAUCCUAAUGACAACGAAAAAAACCUCCGUUCUCCUUUCUCUGCUACCGUCGAAUUAUGUCUUCUAUUAUUGUGGAUGCUGGCGGUAGACUAUAGAGAUUUUGCUACAAUAAAAAAGUAAAGAGAUAGAAACAUAUUUGCGUACGAAUCGAUCGGAGUACGUAUGUUGGAUAUUUUCGAGAGACCUCGAUACUCUACCGUGCGCUUUCUUGUGUUACGAUUAGGAUUUUCCAAUUUUUAACUAACAUAAGGUUGAAAAAGUAUAUAUAUAUACAUGUAUUAUAUAUAUAAUAAAAAAUAAUAUAGAUGUGUAGUAGUUUUUAACAAAUUUUUAGCAUUGUAUAUAUGUCCAAUUGAAAUAAACAAAAUUAGAGAGAAAGAGCAUCGGGCGGCAAAGGUUGUUUAACAUCGUUUUUGUGCGUGUUAUUCUUUUUGAUUUUACGAAAACACUAUUGAACGGAGUAAACAAUACAACAAAAUUCAUUUUCGUCCUCAGGAGUGUUCAAAUUCUUGUGUAAGGUAAAAAUUUAAGGAAAGCAUCUAUGUAUCAGAGGGUAUUGCGCUUGGUGUACAUAAUUAAACCUCAAAGUCAUGCAUUGUCCGUCUUCUUAAUUUCAAAGUACCUUAUUAGGCGUGGCGCGUGCGCGCACGCAAACAGUCAGGACUAGUCGAUAUAUGAGCGCCGGUUCGCGUUCAUUUUUUUUCUUUUUUUUUCUCGGGGGCUGAUGCGAUGCCGGUGCGUGCAAGCAUUUUUUUUUUUCUUAUUCUAACGCAAUUUUUCGAUUACUACAAUCAACGAUACUCUCCCUUUCAAAAUUCUUCAACUAGUUUUUCUGUCAUGAAAAACUUCUUUUGGUUUUAGUUUGUAUUUUUUGUAUGCCAACAAUCGAAUUGCAUCGCGUUGAUCCAAGAGCGCAAAAGCUUUGACUUUGGUUCAAUCCAACGAUCGUCUAAGCUCUUUUGCUCGGGAUGUUUCGACAACAUAUCUAUUUAUUUUCAAAAUUGAGAACCACCUUUUGGAAACACUGCGGAGAGUACACCACAGUGCAAUAACAUUGAUUUUUAACGAAGUCGCAAUACGGAGGGACUUUACCGAUAACGAGAUACGUAAGGAAGCAAAAUGUAGUUUUCCUCUUUUGACAUUCUACCGUAACGAAGAAGCUAUUUUUUGCAAAAUAACAAAUAAAUUUAAAAAUUUGAUGAAUGAAAAAUACGAUGCUAUCGGUGCUCUAGGGGUUCACCGGUAACUACGAAUAUCGAUAUAGACGAAAAGAGAAAUGGGGAUUAAGAAAAAGCAUAGCAAUAUUUUUACACGAAGUCGAUUUGCAAAUAACUAUUGCCGAGUUUCGUUUGUUAGAGGUUUUUUUUUCUUAACUAUCGAGCGAUUUAAUUAUCGUUUUCUUUCGUUUGCUUCUUUGCUUUUGUUCUAUUUCCUUUCUUUUUCACUCUUCUUUCAUUUUUCUCAUGUUUUUUUAUACUUUGCGUUUGUUCUCUCUUCCGACAAGUUUUGUGCGAGGAUCGCGAAGAGUUUGUGUUUUUUUAUUUUGUUUUGUUUCAUUUAUUUACUGAUACGCGUGUUGAAUCUGGAAAUGAAACAAGCGUCGAUAAUUUCUGUAAGGUUUGAACAAGAAAUAAGAGAUGUAAUGAUUAUCCAGAAAGAUAGAAACACGUCUUUAAAUUAUCUAUUCUAGCUCCUAAGUUACGCCUAUACAUAUAAGGAAAGUGAAGUUAUGCUAACGACUAACUUUAAAAAGACCCAACUGUACAUUUGUAUUUAGUCCCCUUGUUUAUAAUACUUAUUAUCUUGUUAUUAAGUACCCGAUUUAUAUCAUUUUUUAU